ACGACAUUUUGAUCGGAACGAGCCGACACAAUGAUGGAGUUGAUAGUGGCAUCCUCCUCGGUUGAUACUGGUAUCGGGUGUUGGGACCUCGUUUCUGGCGCCGAGCAGCUCCGCUAUCGUUCCUCUGCCUCACCUCCCCAUGGAUUAAUUUCCGUCUCCAGGCGUUUCCUUGCCUCUUCACAACUCCGUGAGAACCCUUCUUCCUCCUCCGCUCCCAUCUUCUUCUGGUCCUGGGAGAAGCCUCAGGUCCAGGUUAGAAGCUUCCCUGCUGAACCUAUUGGUCCUCUGGUUUCUGAUUCUGAUGGUUCCUACAUCAUUGGCGGGGGUCCAUCUGGUGCAAUAUAUUUAUGGGAGGUAGCGAGUGGCAAGCUCCUCAACAAAUGGACCGCACACUACAGGUCUGUUACUUGCCUCACUCUAUCUGACGAUGAGUCCCUUCUGAUUUCUGGAUCUGAGGAUGGAAGCAUCAGAGUUUGGCCUCUUUUAAUGAUUUUCGAUGAUAUAGCAAAAGAGUCUGGAGAGAAUAUUUACAGAUACAAUUUCUCAGAGCACGCUUUACGGGUAACAUCUGUUAUUUCAGGCCAUGGAUUGUGUAAUUCAAUUGUUAUCUCAUCCUCGGAGGAUCGCACCUGCAAGGUUUGGAGUUUAUCGGAGGGGAGGUUGCUAAGAAGCAUUUCAUUUCCUUCCAUAAUUGAUGCAAUUGCAAUGGAUCCCGGGGAGCAUAUAUUUUAUGCUGGUUGUAGAGAUGGCAAAAUAUAUGUUGCCGCACUUAAUGUUGAGUGGAAUCCUGUUAGAAACUACGGAAAAUUUAUUAUAGAUUCAUUAUCUGAUAACAGUAAGGCUAUAACUUGCCUAGCAUUUAGCUUGGAUGGUGUCUCCCUUGUAUCUGGAUCAGAGGACGGUAUGAUCAGGGUUUGGAACACUAAAACUGGACAAAUGACUCGAUUGUUGAAACAUGCCAAAGCUCCUGUCAGUAACGUUAUUAUUGUCAGACAACCCAAUAAAAUUAAUCAAGUAUCCUUAUCUAAAAAGCUCGAGCUAGCGUUAAUGGCGCCACCUUUGGAUAAGUAUACUGAGUCCAGAGAAGAUGGAGUUGAGAGCAAGGCUGUUAAAAUGAUUCAUCAAAUUUCUGAUGACUUGGAUAACAGCAGCUACUGUGCUGCCAGCGUGAUGAGCAGUCAGAUAAAAGAGCUUCAGCAAAAUGCUUCUACUGGAGCUGUACAAAUGGAGUUGGAAAGAUUGAGAGCAGAAUGCAAGAGAUCUAUGCAAAUGGUCCAGCAGUGGAAGAAGUUAUAUAACGACCUUCAGACUACCUUUGUUAAUGAGCUUCUUAAUGGAGUUAACGUUGAUGGUAGCUGAUGCAGCUUUCUCUCAGCUAAGAAAAUCAGCUUUAGGUUUUCGUUGGAGAGUUUUAUUAUUAUUUUUUGAUAGAAAAAUAGUCAAUAAAAUAUAAUGUAUGAUCGUCUAAAUUAUGUACAUGUAGCAUAUUUCUUCUUCAAUAUCAUGUGGCUAUUUUUUCUUCA